AAAGAGAAAAAAACCAUUGUGCCCAUCAGUCAACAAGCAAUUGUCCCUUUUGAUAAGUGCUCAGAAUGAGUUCCAUACCUUUUCCAAUCCAAGACAAGGAUAAUUGUGUUUUGCAGCAAUGUAGCUGUCCCAAAGGUCAACGGUUCAUACGGGACCUACCGUCAUCACUGUGUGCUGGUGGUCAGUGUAUGUGAGCUCGUCACUGUAGCUCUGCAUCCCGGGAUCUGGACACUGCCAUCCUCUAGAAUCUAGGGAUGGCCAUUUAGGAAACCAAGCAUCUAUUAGCCAGAAUAGAGUCAAUUCUCCAUUUUUAGGCUGUGUUCAACUACCCACAGAGGCUCAUGUACCUAGGCAACCGUAUCUAUACCCCAGACUAGGAGAAGUUCAACACAUAAUCUCGUUCAUCAUAAAAGCCAUAGCUGAGUCUCCGUCCAAGCACCACGUCCCCGUUCGCAUGCUUCCACAAAGAAAAGAAAAAGAGUCCAGCUGGUCAUACACUAUGCAUAUAAGGUCCAACAGCCUCCGCAUACCGGACCCUCGUCCCCAGCUCGUAUCAAUUUGAAUACAAAACCUAGGCAAAGAUUCAAACGAGAACACGCCGUAACACCCAGACAAUGCAGUUUCCAUGCUCGUAUACAUGCUAUGCCAUGUCUGGGAAAUAUCAUGAUGCUCGACUGAAAAGAUUAAGAGGUGGGGGGGAAUCAUCGCUUGUGGCAACCCAGAUUUUAACAGGUUUGCUCCAUAAAUUGGCAUUUUGGCAUUUCUUCGCCGCCCACUGCCAUGGGCUUCAUUUCUUGUUGUAAAAUCCAGUGGCUGUUUUGGGGGACUCUAUGCAGUGUAUCCUUUUGAGGCAGCGAGUAAAAACGGCUGAAACUUUUGUACAAGGCCAGGCUCUCAAGCUCGUCAUUCGAAUUGAUGGUUGCCCGGGAUGAUAUCUUCAUAUGAAACGCCGGUCCUUGCUUCUGCGCUCCCGGCCAAGUUUUUGGAACGUAUUGGGUUGGGACUCACAUCUAAGGCGAGUCCACUUCCAUGGUCAUGUAAGCAUAAAAUGGCAGCUCUUUGGCCAGCUUUUCUGUAGCCUCCAUCUCCUCCGGGGGCUCGUCGAUCUCGUCGAUCUUUGGCGGUGGGUCUUGGAAGAUCAGACUUCGGCGGUCGCCAACCCGCCUCUUGAGACGACGGGCACUUGAACCGGCCUGUUCAAAGUCCAGACAGUGUCGGACAUCCUCGUGGUCGCUGUCGCUCCUCUCGCUCAUGGUUCGCUUGCCCAUGCUGCUUAUACUCCGUCUUUUUUGCCGGUCGUAGGCACGUUGCCGCCGUAUUGCUUCUUGGUGUUCAUCGUCGCUCACAUCGGAGCUAUCUGACAAAGGAUCUGGAUCCGGGCUGCGGAAGUUCAGGUCACGGAAGUCACUGAUGACGUGACCCUCGAUGUGCGACUCGCUAGGGUCCGAUUCGGCAUACUCAAUGAGAUGAGGCUGAAGAACUUCAUUCCGGUCGUCCAUAUCGUUUUCUUCGAAGUCGCUCAUCUCUUCAAUGUCAAGUUCGUCACUGGUAAUAAUGGUGGCAUGCAACACAAAAGGGUCUGGUGUCGUAAGACCAGGUGGUGAUGACAGAAGCGGUGAGCAGGGCCCGUGAUCAAUGUCCGAUUGAUCGGCCUCAGAGCCUUCGGCCGGGGGGUCGGAAGAACGAGGAGACAGUUCUCCAUGCCGAUUUGAGAAUGUAAAGUUGAAUUGGCAGUUCUCGAAAGGAGUGAAGUUGCUUGGCUGAGGCAGCGGGUCCCGUGGGCCGGGAUUCGGCCCAGGACUGUCUCUUGUGCCGUUCUUCUGGCCGAAGAAUGGAGGGUGCGGCGUGGCCGUAGGGGUCUGAGGCGGAGACGACGGUCCCACAUGUGAAGGAAAUCUUAUUUCCUUUGGCGUAGCAGGCCGCAUGAUGGGUGGGUUGGGUGGGCGGGCAGGCGUUGGCGUGGGAAGCAGAGUCGGUCUCUGUGAUGCAGAGAUACGGGCAGUGAGUGGGCCGACUCUGUCCAGCUAAUGAACAGCAGUAGUUUGUGACGACCGUAUUGUCGAUUUCGAUCGGCCCGCCACAAGACCAGGGAUGUGCCGCAACGGGAACCAGUGGAUGUGCGUGUCCGAAUGAACAAAUAUGUCGUGUGUUCCGGGACUUAUCAACGGUUGCUCUCACCGACAGUGUGGGGUAGGAGAAUCGCGGGGUGAGGGAAGAGCGGGCCUCAAGGUGUCAGCACCCAAGGUAUAAACCUCCGGCUAGGAGAGACGGACAAGCUUGGAUUGACGGUCAUGAUAGUCUCCGUGGCGAAUCGGGUAAGAAAUAGGGAAACAGAAAGCUGAUUGUGUGCAGCACAAGCCCGUUCACCCUCUUGUGGGGGUUGAGAUGUAUGGCAAGCGCAGAGCCUGAGCCUGAGCCUGCGUCUUCUCAACGGCGACGCUGAUUUGGGGGGGAACGGGGAGACGAGAGCGAAUAAGUAGGCCUAGACGUCAGACGUCGGGCUUGUGAGGCUUGCGAAGGACGGCUGUCGUGCUGGUCUCUUAGAUAGCGUUGCAAGGAGAUGCCUGCACCAGGGCGGCAGCCGAUGUCGUCCUUGCAGUAUUGAGGAAAAAAAUAGGCCCAGAGGUGCAGAGCAAGCAAUGGCCGAUCAGAUUGGAGUGUAGCCGUGCAAAUCACACUCUGGUUUCCCACCGCCUCUUAGCCUGGAAACCGCGAAGCUAGGAGCGUGUCAAAGACUAUGCUCAGUGGCCUGGAACAUAGGAUCGGGUCGAGAGAACAGCAGAAGAGAAGGAGAACAAGAAGAUGAAAACCCGUGGGGGACAACAAUAGGAGCGGAGGAGGGACAGGUGAGGGAGCAAUCGGGCUCCGCAUUCAGAAAUCGGCGGUGCAUGCAGGCUCCGUCCUAGGCGCAUUUCGAACGAUGCCGGUGCGAUUGAGGCUUCUGCUGGCACGGCACGAAGCUUUUCGUGCGGCAAUUGCCUGGUGUCUUUGCACACGGACACAAUCGAAGGCCACAUCGCAGCCAAAGCUCACGGUGGCCGAGGCCGUGGGCAGCCACUCACUCAGUCCCCGGGUUGGUGGGGCCAUGGAUAACCGCUGCGAGGCAUUCUGGGGCCGCCAGACAAUGGUGUUGUUACGGGGUGGUCGACUGCAAGCCGGUCGGAAGGGGGCAUGGCGGGCGGCGAAUGGCUGAGGCCAGAAGGGUAAGGCGUGAUGCUGCUGUGUGAUGCCAGCGCAUGGCGCCCAUCUGCCAGAGUUGCUGAAUCGACUCGCUUGGCGGCUGCAGGAGGGCUGGGGGCAGAAUCUCGCUGGUCAGGCCGGCCGGGACGGGCUGGACGGGCUGGACGGGCUGGACGGGCUGGAUAAGGCAUGAAUGUGUAAAAUGUCGAGCGUCAGGUUGCAGCACUCGCCGUCCAAUGGACAGGGCAGACGGCCAAUUGCACGUGCAGAAGGUUCCAAGGUGGCGGCUGACGAUUAAGAGCCUGCAGGAGGGACGUCGGGUUGGCUCGACGCCGUGAAUCGCUUCCGUCUGUCUGCCAGUCUGCCCUGUCUGCCUGCCUGCCUCCCUGCCUCACCAGACGGAGGGCAGCUCAUCCUGGGGGGGUGGAACCUUACCCCCCGUCCAGUGCCUGCUUGCCUUGCUUGCCUCCCAGGUUGCCUGCAUGUGCCUGGCAUGUAAGCUGGUACCGGUAGACUGGAGCGGUUGUCGCCGUUAGGUGAGAUGGCAGUAUGGGAUGAACAUCCGGUCACGCCUGUCUGCCACAGGCAGAUGCUCACAUCCACAUUAUCAAACAUGUCGUUGAAAUUAGGUUGACAGGAGUGGAAGAAGGGAUGAAACGGAUAGCCGAGCCACCGUCCAGGCCCAGGGUGAUGUCACGUAUCGACGGAGCAGGUGGGUUCUGUUAUCGAUAGCGCGUGUACGAGAGGGCUGAACUCGGCUCCCCGUCAACAUGGCAACACAAAACGUCUUUUCGGUUCAGCAUCAUUUGUGAUUUGAACUUUCCUCACUCGCCACCUGGAGCAGCCGAUCCGAAGCAAAGCUUCUUCUUGCCCGUGUGAAAAUAACAUCCCUACCUCGGUCCAGACUCCGCCACGUCGCGGGUCAGCCUGCGUCUGUCUCAACCAAAGUAAACAGUCUGUCGCAAACACCAUGACGCUCCUCGCAGCUCACCUUGAGCAGAUCUCCGCGUCUUGCCAAGGUAUCGACAGCCUCCCAUUCCCUCCUCCCAAGAUCUUCACCAACGCCCUGCUUUCCAACCACGACAUCACCUCACUGAUACGCGACACCGAAACUCAUGAACGCGCCCUGUUUUCUGUGCCCCCGCCACCGCCGCCAACCGCGAAACCCGAGCCGCAACCCGAGCAGAGCAAGGUCUCGCGUCGGCAGACCGUCUUCAAUGUCGCUGCUGGCGAAGUCACCACCGGCGCACCAUCAUCCCGGACCGCAGGCAACCCACGCCGUAGCACCGCCGUGGCGGCCGUGUUGGGCGGUGACCUCCAUGCCAAGAUCACGCGGCGGGCGCCAGCUUCAACCCGCGCCCAGGCGGCGGGCGGAGGGGGCGAUGUCGACAUCGAGGUGCUCCUCCAGGGCGCCGAGAAGCUGUGUAAUGUCUACCCGCUGCCGGGCGCACUGGAACGGAUCCCUGAACUGCGCCAAAAGUGGGCGAACCAGAGCAACACGCUGGCCUAUUACGAGGCAAAGGUUGCGGAGCAGGCAGAGAGGCUGGUCAGGAUGAACAAGCGGCCCGAUGAUUUUGGCGACGAGGACGAAGACAACGAUGCGGAUGAGGGCGAAGACGCUGUCGACAGCGGCGUGAACAGUGGCGUCAUGGACAGUCUCAUGACGGAGGAGGACUUGAGGAGGGAAGAGGAGGAGGUCAGGGGGCUGGAUAAGAAGAAGAAGGAGCUCCAAGAGAGGCUCCGGGUCAUGGACAAGGACCUGGGCGGGCUGCUGCACAUGUGAAGCGCGAGGCCACGGAGAGGGCUGCCCGCUCAUGACCAUGCCCGCACUUACAGCCUGUUACCCGCCAGACGAGGUGUUAUGGGGCACGGGAACUGCUUCGGAGAGUCAACGUGGCUAGCAAAUUAAAUGAUACCCAAGCUACAACCACCUCUCUCUACGCAGCCGACUUGGCCCGAACAAACUCUCCGAGGAACGCCUCGACGUCCUGCGCGCCACCGAUCUCGAACCGGUCAUUGAUGAUAAAGUGCGGCACGCCUUGGAUCCCCUUGGCAUAGGCCCACUCAACCGCCUUGUCGACCUCCUGGCCGCCCUUGCCCUCGUCGAGCCACUCCUUGGCCUCAGCCCUGUCGACGCCGGCCUUUUCCGCGGCGUCGAGGAGCGUGUCAUGGCUGGUGACGUCGCCACCGUCCUCGAAAUAGCUGUGCAUCAGCGCCGCCAUGAACUGGCUCUGCACGUCAGAGCCCUUGGUCCUGGCCAGCUGCGACAGGCGGUGGGCGUCUCGGGUGUUGCCAAGCUUGCCCUGGAACGAGAAGCAGAUCCCCUCCGACUGGCCCAUCAUUCUCAUGCGCUCGGUGAGCAUGGGUAGCCUAUCAGCGCCGAACUUUUGGGCCAUGCGCUCCUGGACGGGCAUGCUUUUACCCUUGGGCAGCGUUGGGUCCAGGUAGAAGGGCUUCCCUGGACGUGCGGCGCGUUAGUGGAGUUCUUUGCUUACUUCUCUGGCAAGCGCCUUUUUAUAUGUAAUAUCUCCUCACGAAGCGCAGUCUCCCGGGGGUGGCCUCGGCUGGCAUGCAGGUGUCCUCAGAUGCUAGCAGGAGCAGGACAGAUGGGGAGACCCGCGAAACGUGAGGAAAGGGGCGGUAGCGUGGCUUACAAGUGAUGUUGAAAACAUCCUCCGAGGCGCCAGGGACGGUUUUCUUGUACACGUCAAUGGCGCGAUCCAGCCGCUUCCUGCCGAGGUAACCUUUUCAAAAAUUAGUCCCGGGUUGGUAGAUGUCCACCUGGAUGGAGCUGAAGGUGGUGGCUACUCACAGAACGGGCAGAUUGGAUCGCUCACGAUGUCGACGUUAAAGGCUGUCAUGGUGGGUCUCCGUGGCUGAAACAGCUUUUUGGUGGAUCUCAACAUGUAUGUAUGGGACACGGCCAACGUUGGGGUGAGUCUGCGGCGCUGCGCUUUGUAUUUACUACAAAUACACGGUCUUGAAGAUAUCCACUUGAGUAAUGACUUGAGACAAUUGUAAUGGUAAUAUAAAAGGCCUUCUCGGCGGAUAUAUAAGCUGACAAAUCGCCCGGGCGUGGUCGAGUUCCGGUCCGUGGGGUUUGAGC